AUGGUAACCCCCUCUCAGGCUGGGAUCCGCAAACCCAACCUAAAGUACGCCCACUAUCACAUAGUUGUUGACCUUCCCAAGGAACCAAAGACAAUACACUCUGCCCUUAACCAUGAUGGCUGGACCAAAGCACUACAAGAUGAGAUCCAAGCUCUCCAAGACAACAAUACUUGGACACUCGUGCCUCAUUCCCCUCACAUGGAUGUUAUUGGUUGCAAGUGGGUCUUCACGACCAAAAUCAAUGUCGACAGUACUCUUAAUCAGUUGAAAGCUCGCCUUGUUGUCAAGGGCUUCCACCAAAUUGAUGGUGUCAAUUAUACAGAGACAUUCUCUCCUGUAAUCAAGCUCGGAACCAUCCGGAUCAUUCUCAGUAUUGCCCUUGUUUGCCAUCGGGAUAUUCGCCAACUCGAUAUCAUAAUGCCUUCCUCCAUGGUGAUCUCCAAGAGGACGUGUUUAUUUACCAAUCUCCAGGUUUUAUCCAUCCUACUUUUUCUUCUUAUGUUUGCAAGUUAA